CAGUGCCUCUCAGAAUUACCAAUUAUAAUUGUAAUUGAUCUGUCAUUAGUCAUAUGGUCGUAAGUGACGGACAAUUGCGAUGAUAAUGUUUAUUAUUUUUUUGAAGAAAAAAAAUUAGUUCUAAAGUGUUUCGUGUAUACGUUAUUAAAUUUAGGAAAAUUGUAUGUACACUUUUGCAUAACGACGUUUUCUAAUCCUAUUGUUACUUCGUAUACAAUGGUUAAAAAACAUGAUACUCUAAUUGUGACAAAUCAUUUCCUUAAUUAAAUAAGACAAUAUGAUCUACAAAUGUCUAUUAGGAUUGAUAUUUGCAUCUUUAUUGGACAAAAGCGAUGCUGAAAUUUACGCCAUUAAGUAUGAAUCUCAGUUUUAUCGUGAAGAAUUUACAGAUAAACCAGCUUUAUUUGGACCCGACCUAAAAGAUACAGCUUUAGCUGGUAUGCUAAUUGAGGCAUAUCCAGUAGAUGCCUGUACUCAAAUGUUGAGACCUACACCUGAUCCAAAUAAUGAAACUGGAAAACUAGUAGUCCUUGUUAGAAGAUUUAGUAAGAGUAACAAUUGUACUUUCGAACAAAAAGUGCGUAUAUCUCAAGCUGCUGGUUACAGUGCUGUGAUAGUAUACAAUGUUGGCUCCGAUGAACUUAUUUCAAUGGGAGCCAAUAACAGAACAGGGAUUUUCAUACCUUCUGUUUUUGUUUCUGAGAAAAGUGGAUUGGAGCUUUUGAAGAAAUAUGCAAAUUCAUCAGAUUAUUUUAUAAUUAUAAAUGGAGAUACACCUUUUGAUUUACCUACACACUUAUUGGUUCCUUUCUCAAUCGUAGUGGGAAUAUGUUUUAUCGUUAUGAUUAUUUUUAUGAUAUGGAAAUUUAUAAAAGAUAGAAGGCGUCAGAGAAGGCACAGAUUACCAAAACCAGUUUUGAAUAAAAUUCCAACUCACAAAUUUCAAAAAGGAGAUCCAUAUGAAACUUGUGUAAUUUGUUUGGAGGACUAUGUAGAUGGUGAAAAACUGAGAAUUCUCCCAUGUAAUCAUGCAUACCAUACAAACUGCAUUGAUCCAUGGUUAACUAAAAAUCGUCGAGUUUGUCCUAUUUGCAAACGUAGUGUUUGGGGUAGAGAUGAAGUCCGUACAGAUUCGGAUACUGAUGAAUCAGAAACAGAUGAUACGUCCCCAUUGUUAAAUUCCAGUAAUAAUGUUACCCAAGGGGGUACAUUCCAAGAGCAACGAGGGAAUCCAUUUCAACGGAUACUAAGAUCUGUAUCACAAGCUUCUGGAGCAGCAGCUGCUAACUUAGUUUCUACUUCUGAUCAUCACAGCAUCAAUGGAGAUUAUAUAAGUAUAAAUAGUGCUAGUUCUGAUUCUAGAGAAGAAUUAUUUCGUGAUGCUGAUGUCAAUAUCGAAGCUUCCACUAGUAGUGUUAAUCCAUUUGAAGAGAACGUUGUUUCAGUUCAAGUUGACGCUUUUAGUGAGAAUUCAAGCAUGGAUAGUGGGGCUCAUGCGUAAUCUUUAUAGAUUAUUUUAUUUAAUGGGAUUAUAGUUGCAGUUAUAGCGACACUUAGGAUAUGUGCAGAUAUAUUUGCAUAUGUGAUGAUUUGUAUAUAAAAUAUUUUUUUGAUAUUGUAUGACUUGAAAAUCUUAGAUGACAAGAUGAACUUUUUAUAGGUUAUCAGUUUAAAUUUACUGCACAUAUACUAUGAAAUAUUAUUAAGACUUAUAUUUUUAUUGUUUGAAUAAUUUAUCUAAAGAAUAUGUACAGAACCUGGAUACUAAGAAUUAUUUAAAUGACUCAUCACCAUCAUCAGGGGUACAACCAUGAUUCUUCUUAAAGGAACCCUUAUGAUACUUUGUUUUGAUGAUUGUUAACAAUCUAUAAAUUGUGCGCCAAUAGAUUUUACUAAUCAUAGUAGUGAUGUAGGUAUGGUGAAGAUUCGAAAAAAGGUAAUAAAUUUUUUAAAAGGUUAAAAGAUUUGAAUUUGAAUUGAAACAUAAUGCAACGUAAAAUUUUAAAAAAUGUACAUCGUUUUGUGUCUCUAAGAUAUCUAAAAAAAUCUUUCAAUUCACAUGUACAGGGUAUAACACUAAGAGCUAGAUAUAUUGAAAAAUAUUGGUAAUAUUUUUCCAAUAACUUGUGUGCUGGCGUUUUUUCAGGAGCUUUUAUAAGUUGAAAUGUUUUGACUUCUCGUUGUACUUUUUUUUAAUAUAGCACCUGUUUUUAGUACCUAUAAUGAAUAAUUUUUUGAAAACAAAGAAAAAUUACUAGAGAAUGACGAUAAUAUGCCAGAAUAACGCCUGAAUUUUCCUAAAUCUUGAAAAAAUUGAAUGAGUUAUUCCAAAAUCUCAAAAAUAGUGUUUUUGAAGAAGUGGCAAUUCCAGGUCAAUAGAUUUCUAAACAGUUUUUAUAUAGAUUUGGAAAACAAAAAUUCCUAUAUAGUUAUUAUUUAUUAGAAUUUGACAUGGUUAAUGAUAGUCUUUGAAACCUUCAGAUCGUGAUAUCCAAAUGACUUAUAAUGAAAAGCUUGUUAAAAGGCAAAAUAAAAUCGAAUCUUUCGUAUACCAUCAACGAUAAUAUCUGACAAAUCAGAUAUCUCUAAAAACCACAUGGAAAUUUUGGCUUUCACAAGCUUCUAUAAAAAUCAUUCAAUUUAGAUAAAUGGUUUUAAGCAAAAUUUUCCUCUGUUGUGGAGAAAAAAAAUUACCAUAAAUAAAACUGACCUAUACAAUUUUAGAGAUUCCACAUCAAUAUUGUUGAAAAUUUUCCAAACAUUUGUGAAGCUUUAAGUUGUAUUCAAACACAUUCUGGUAAUUUUUGUUCUCAGUUUUUUUUUUGUUUUGUAGUUGGCAAAAAAAUGAAAGAGUGGAAAACUGUGAACAAUUAUAUUGAAAUUCAUGGUAGGUUCUAACAAUUCAUUAAGAGAAACAACCUCCUUAGAAGUGUUCAGGAAAAUAUUAUAAAUAGUUAGUAGAUUCAACUUAUUGCAGUAUACUCUCUACUUUAGUUUUUGCCACUGUUAUUAUUCAAUAAUUUCUCUAUCCAUAAUGCUCCUUUUCCCUGGUUGCGCCCCUGGCCAGUAUGGUAAAUAUUGUAUGGAAACAAUUUCAAAAUUUUGGUUUAACCACUGUAGUAGCCAGAAUAUUUUGAUUUUUUGCAAGAUAAAUUUUUCUUGUAUGUGAUUUCUAGUCGAACACUGUUUUACCUAUUUUUUUAUUGAAAUUAUUAUUGACUUGAGUAUGUAAUGGGAAAUUGUUAUUUUUCACAUUGUAUAUUUCUAGCAUUUUUAUAAAUUCACUGCAAAUAGCCAAGUUUGUAUUUUUUGCUCAAUUCCAUCACUAUUUAUGAAGACAACCCACAAAAAAGUAGCUUUUAACACUUUUUUCAUUUCUAGUACUGGUUCAGGUACUACAAAUAUGUGUAGAUGAACUAUAUAAACCUAACUUGUAUUUUUAUCUCGUCAUAUACCGGUGAAUCUUUCAAAUCCUUAAAAUUUGUUCAGUACUAAUGACAUACUGUUUAUUACCAUUUUACUAAUACUUACAUCAUCUUCAGAGACUAAAACUUUUGACAUCUAAAGAUAAUAAUUUUGUUGUCGAGACGCACGUCAUACAGGGUAAUUUCAAGGGUUGCUGUAGCAGUAGUAAACAAUGUGUUAAGUUUAAAUAUCACCAACAGUUUCAGAACUUUGAACUUAGAACUAAUGACAGUUUUACUUUAUUAGUCCGGUCAAUUUAGAGAUUCGAAGUUAUAUAAAUUCCCACCAAGCUGAAAAUAAAUAAAAUUGUUUAAAAUAUAAUUAAAAAUAAAAUUUGAAAGUUUUCCAUCAUUCCUGUGUAUGAAAAAAAUUUAUUCAAGGUCAAAGUUAAAAAAAAUGAGUUUUUCGCGAUUUUCAGCAAAACGAUAAGUUUUGUAGAUCAUAAAAUCAACUACAAAAAAUGUAUCAAUACUUUUUUUCCUACGAACCACUGUUUCUGAGAUAUAAUGAUUCAAAAAGUUGUUUCCCUGCCACCUUUGAGGUAGUGUUUUUUUAAUGUGGAUUGAAAUUGAAAAAUAAAAUCGAUUUAAAUUAAAAAAAGUUCUGAAAUUUAGACAUAUACUUCAUUCUAAGUGUAUGUAAAUUGCGUUAAUAAUGACGUAUCGCAUGUCGCCUCUUUGGAAUCAAACGGAUCCUCCACUGUUUGUGAUUCAAUAUUAUAGCAAGAACGGUUUUUACAGUUGCAAAAAAUUGUCUUCAGCAGUUUGGAUGUAUAUACGUGGCGUACUCAAGCAUAUUAUGAUGAUUACAACUUUUAGAACUUUAGGAAAAAAAAGUAUUAUCGUUUUUUGUAGAUAAUCUUAUGAUCCACAAUUUUUGUCUAAGGUAUUUUUAUGAUAAAACUUACCGUUUUGCUGAAAAUUGCGGAAAUCUCAUUUUUUUGACCUUUGACCUUGAAUAAAAUUUGUUCCCUACACGGGAAUGAUAGGAAACAUUCAAAUUUUAUUUUUAAUUAUAUUUUAAACGAUUUUACCGAUUUUCAGCUUGGUGGGAGUUUAUGUAGCUUCACUCUUAUUUUCUGGCCUAAUUUGACCGGACUAUUAUCAUCGACAAAAACAAUGUAAUUGAACGAUCCCCUUUUUUAUUCGUUUUUUUUUUUUCAAUUAUAUUUUGGAUACCUCCCUAUGUUAUUCAAAUAAUAUAAAAUGUACUGUUCAUUUGAUUAAAUAAAUUAGUUUCGCUUCUAGAAAAUAACAGAAUGCUUGUGACAAAUCUAAAGUUGUGUUCUAAUGAUUAUUAAUUUAUUUAAAAUACAUACUUGGCUAUUUUGGAUUCCUAUGAAAUUCUAAUAUCUUUUCUAAAUGUACAUACUUUCAAACUUGUGUCUAUGAGUCACAUAAAUAAAACUGGGAUAGUUCACUGGAAGUGUGAUAUUUUUAUAACAAAUACUAAUAUAAUUAUCUAUAUUCCAAAAUGAGCAAAGCAGAAAGUUUUUUACUAUAAGUAAUCAAUCUAUCGGGUUAAUAUCUAUUGAAUCAUAUGUUUUUGAAGUAAAAGCAAAACAAUUAGAAAAUUUUGUAUUGAUUUUAGUUUCUUGAAAGUGUAAGUUAAAUGUUUCCUCUAGUUAUUUGAAAUCGGUAUAAAAAAUUUUGGGAAUGAAAACUAAAUACUAAAUUAAUCUUUAAUUUUUAAACGAAAUAGUCAUUAUCGGGUUUGUGCAGUACUAAAAAUAUGUUUUUAUACCAUCAAAGAAAGUCAACAAACAAUCUUUAACCGGCGCUACGGUAUUUUGAGAACCAGAGCCUUUUUAACAAUCCUUUCUGUCUUAGCCUCCAACGUCGAACCCCUAGCUGGAUCAGGCUGGAAUUAACGUCUUCUAACCAGGAAGGCGCGGUAAUUUCCCUUAUCUUGAAUACGUCAGUUAAAUCAAAUUAAACUUUCUGCUUGUUCCUUUGAAAUUAAUCUUCUAAGAAAAUUUAUAUUAUCAAUAUCUUUAUAGGUCUCGCUCGUAUUUACCACAAAUUGUUUAAAAGGUGCUAAUAUAUACCAAUCUUAUUAUAGUUUGUUUUUUGUUUUCUUAUUCAAGUAUCGUGUAAAAUGUAAGUAAUUCUAGAGAGCUUAGCUUUAUUUUUUUAAAUUGUGUUGUAUAACCAAAGUGGUGAGUCUCCAUAUUAAUAUCUAUAUCCGUCGCAGGAUUACAAAGCUAGAACGUUGACCGACUAGACGUUUUCUCUGCGUAACAAAAUUAAAAUAAAAACCUUAAGGAUGGGAUAUCAGAAUGUUGAAGCUGAGCCUGCGGUAUGAAGCACAUAUAUUUUAAGUGAUUCAACCUCAUUGAAAUGCUAGUAUGUGGGAUAUUCACAAGUGAACUGUUGAUAUGGAUACUUGACCAUUAUAGAUUUUUUGAGGUUUAAAGAGUUGAAAUAAGUGAGCUGCCGAUUAUUUGAUCUCUUAUAAAAGCUGGUAUUCGCAUACAGACAUUAUUUUGAUGAACAAUUAACAUUGUAUAUAAAAAAUGAGAAUAUUGGGAAGGCUACGACACAUUGUUAUUGUAUGUUUAUUAAUUUUUCCUCAAACUUCAAUUCUUCAGGUGCCACUUCAGUUUUUUCUCUUACUGCUUCCCUAGUUGUAAUUUAUAAUAGGUUUUUACGAUGAUCAGUUAUUUACUAUAAUAAAUACUUAUUUUCAAAUCUUUAGUGAUAUUUAUUUUUAUUGCUUAUUGCCAAUUAUUCUCCUCAGUACUGAGUAAAUAGUUAACAAACCUAAGAUCUUGUAUAUUUGGCCAGUAAAUCGGUAUGAACUCUCUUCAAAGAUAAUUUUCUAACGUCGUGUCCAUUGGUACAUUAUAUUCUUCAUAUGCAAUGAUCUGUUAAAAUUAAUGCUUGUUCGUUAACAAAAAUGAGAUCUUAAAUCAUAUUUGCUAAUUUAUUGUGAUAAAAUGUCUUUCUAAGUUAUUUUUUGACUGUCAAGUCCAUUGUUCCAUUACGUUUUGUUUAUUGAUAGUGGUCUGACAUAUGUAUUGCUUAUUCCUUAGCAAACAUAAGAUCUUGUGCAUAAAAUGGGGUUAAAGUGUCUUCUUCAAAGAUCAUUUGUUGACAUUGUGUCUAUUGUUCCAUUAUAUUGUUCAUUUGCAAUGAUCUGUCAAAAUUAAUGCUUGUUCGUUAACAAAAAUGAGAUCUUAAAUCAUAUUUGCUAAUUUAUUGUGAUAAACUGUCUUUCUAAGAUCAUUGUUUGACUGGGAGUCAUAAUUUAAGAUCUUGUGCAUAACAUUUGGCAGAUAAAUUGGGAUAACUUGUCUUCUUCCAAGAUUAUUUGCUGACAUUGAGUCCAUCGUUCUAUUAUAUUGCUUAUUUUCAAUAUUUUUACAUUUGGCUGAUAAAUUGUGAUAUACUAUCUUUUUAAGAUCAUUUUUUGAAUAUUCCAUUAUGUUGUUUAUUGCCAGUGGUCUACCACACGUACUGCAUAUUCGUUAGCAUCUAUAAGAUCUUGUAAAUAACAUUUGGCUAGUAAAUUAGCACAAAUCGUCUUCUAAGAUCAUUUUUUUAUGGAUUAUAAGUACAGGAAUUGCACAAUAUUAAGCUUAUAAAUAUUUGCUUGUAUAUUUUCUUUGGAAAAGGUAAUUUCGUUCUGCUUGAAAUGUUCAACAAUCAGUUGUAGUACACUUAAGAUCAAUUCUUCUAGUUUGAGGACUCAUUUGAUGCAUGUGAUUGUGACAUUGAAAUUUGUUCUCAAUUUCUGCCUGGGAUGACGUUGGUAUCCAUAAUUGCUGUGCCUUGUAUCUCUCAUUUGGCUCUAUAAAUUUCAGCAGCUAUCUCUAUGUGAAUCUUUGUUAUUACUAUUCUUGAUUUAUAUCCUAUAAAUGUUAUUUCUCAUCAAUGGUUUCACAUUAUUUCCAUCUGAAUUCUUGAAUUGUUCUAUGAAAUCAACAUGUGUUUUAUUGUUAUAUUAUACACUAAUCUUAUUAUUUUAGUAUUAACCGUAAAAUACAAAAAUUGUAAUGUAAGUAUAUAUAGUGAUUCCAGUGUAAUAUAAUUUUGGGAAAUAUCAAUAUAAUUUAUUUGAAUUAC